AUGGAAAUGCAAAAUGAGACUGAGUUGACUGAGUUCAUUCUUCUGGGUUUUUCACAUCUGGAAGACAUCCAUCUUUUACUCUUUGUGGCAUUCUUGAUAAUCUAUCUUUUUACUGUUCUGUGGAAUACUGUCAUCAUCAUAUUGGCUGUGGUGGACCAGAGGCUCAGCACCCCCAUGUAUUUCUUCCUUGGGAACCUCUCCUUUCUUGACAUCUGCUACACAACCACCACAAUCCCUCAGAUGCUGGAUCACCUUCUGGCUGAGAGAAGUAGCAUCUCCUACAUGGGCUGUGUGUUUCAGCUGUACUUUUUCUUCUCCUUUUUGGGAACAGAAUGCCUCCUUUUGGCAGUGAUGGCUUUUGAUCGCUAUGUUGCCAUAUGCAACCCUUUGCGGUACACAAUAAUUAUUGGCAAAAAUAUUUGCCUCCAGCUAGCCACAGCUUGUUGGGCUGGUGGCUUCCUCAACUCUGCCGUGCACACAGUCUAUGCCUUCCAGCUUCCUUUCUGUGGGGAAAACAACAUAGAUGCUUUCUAUUGUGAUAUUCCACCGCUGCUAAAGUUAUCAUGUGGGGACAUCUCCCUCAAUCAAAUGCUCUUGCUUUAUAUUGGCUUAUUUAUGGCGUGGACACCUUUUGUGAGCAUUCUUUUAUCUUACACCUACAUAAUUUCAACUGUUUUGAAGAUACGUUCAUCAGAAGGGAGACAGAAGGCAUUCUCAACUUGCUCCUCUCAUCUCACUGUGGUCCUUCUAUACUAUGGUAGUGCCAUCUUUACCUACUUAAGACCUGUUUCUUCUAAUUCAUCAGUUAAUGAAAAGCUCAUCCCAUUGCUGUACAGUAUCUUGACCCCUUUGUUAAACCCUAUAAUAUAUACCUUGCGGAACAAAGAUGUGAAGAAAGCAUGGCAAAAUAUGAUGGGGAAAUUAUUUUAA